AUGGGUUUUAAUCCUUGUAAAUUGAAUUUUGUGUUAGCAAUUCAUUUAUUGAAGUCAAUAAGUAAAUCAACAUGGGGGAAGAAGGUUGAGGUUUAUAAGAAGUGGGGUUGGUCUGGGGAUGAGAUUCUUGAGGCUUUUGGGAAACACCCCUUGUUUAUUAUAGUGUCUGAGAACAAGAUCAUGAGAGUGGUGGAUUUUUUUGUCAAUAAAAUUGGUUGGGAGUCCUCACUUAUUGCAAGAAAGCCGGUACUGGUGUCACUGAGCUUAGAGAAAAGGACUGUUCUGUGGUGGGCAGUUUAUGAAAUUUUGUUAUCGAAAGGUUUGAUUAAGAGCAACAAUAAUAGCUUAACAAAUAUGUUGGUAUCUCCUGAAAAAUGCUUCCUAAAGAAGUUUGUGAACUGUCAUGAGGAAGAAGCUCCCAAGCUAUUGAAAUUGUACAAGGAAAAGUUGGCUCUUGCAAAACAAUUAUGA